GCCAGUCCUCAUCCACACACACACCAUGAGGGGCGCUAGUGAGCCAGCAGAGUCCGUUUCAAAAGGUGUGAUCAUCAGUUUUAUUGGGUAAAAGUUGUGGUUGGUUGGUCAUAUCAUAUGUCGAGGAAUCAGCAAAUGUCUUAGGACCUGUUUUACGAGAACUCCGCAUGGAAGAAACAUAAAAGUUGUGGGACUUCAUCUCUCCUCCCCAUGACUCCCAGGAAACCUCAGCAGUGGCUGCAAGUGGUGGGACAUGCAGGGAGCUUUCACGUUGGUGAUUAUGGCACACUGCUGAAGAGUUUUUGUGAGGGAGAGCAACAAUGCUACCUCAGGUUGAUGGAGGACUCUUUGAGGCCCUUUGUUCCAGCAUACCACGGUGUGGUGCAGCGGGACGAGCAGGAUUACAACAUGAUGGACAACUUGCUUACCCAUUUCAACUCACCUGCCAUCAUGGACUGCAAGAUGGGGAGCCGCACAUACCUCGAGGCGGAGCUGCUAGUGGCCAGAGAGCGGCCCCAGCCUCGUAAAGACAUGUAUGAGAAGAUGGUGGCUGUGGACCCAGAGGCCCCAACGGUCCAGGAACGAGCCCAGCAGGCAGUGCUGAAAACCAGGUAUAUGCAGUGGAGGGAGACGCUGAGCUCCACAACAUCUCUGGGUUUCCGCAUCGAAGGAUUCGGGAAGUCAGAUGAAGAAUGUCACACAAACUUCAAAAGGACCAAAAGCAGAGAGCAAGUGAUGGAAGCACUGGACAACUUUGUUGAGUCCAAUACGCAGAUUGUGUGGGGCUAUCUGAGACGGUUGAAACAACUGCGGCAGGUCUUGGAGGCGUCAGACUUCUUCAGAACACAUGAGGUUGUGGGCAGUUCCCUACUGUUUCUACAUGACUGGACAGGCAGAACAGGGGUCUGGAUGAUUGACUUUGGAAAGACAGCGGCAUUGCCAGCACACCUCACCUUGGACCACCGCACUCCCUGGGUAGAGGGCAAUCGAGAAGAUGGCUACCUGUGGGGUCUGGACAACCUCAUUGAUAUACUUGCCAACAUGCUGCCACGGACCUGAACGCCUCUCUAAACAUGUAAAUUUACUCUUAAUCCUUCCUUCACCACUCAUACCUGAGUUACUGCAGAUGCACUAGCAUCUGAAAAGGUUGUGUCGUCAGAAUUGUGGGAAUUAACUAUAUUGGAAAAUACAAUAUGAGGGUGUACAAAAAGGAAGAUGUUAUUGAUUAUAAAAGUAAAUACUUUCCAGAACAGACUUUUUUCAGCAAAUUAGGCCCACAACAUUGAUCAAAAGGUCAUUGGUGAUUUGUGGAAUCUCAAUCUGAGCCUUUUAAAGUUUGACCACUGAACAGACCAACAGUCACCUGUACUGCACUGCCACUAACACUGAGCUCACCCUGUAAGAGCCAAACACAUUCUCAGUUUCCAGCAGGAGACGCCGAUCCUACUGUCUGGAGAUGACACUGCUCAUUAUUUCAGGAAAAACAUGGCACAAGCAUUUAUAAGCCAAAGAUAUGGUUUCUCCCCUCUGGCUUGAGAUGAUCAGCAGUUUAAAUGUCACACUGUGUCAUUAAAAUGGUGCUAAAACUAUAAAA